UGUCAACGUCAUAUCUGCCAAGUCAAAUCAGUGAGUGAAAAAAAUGGAGUUACAAAAAUAAACAGCGCAAAAUAAAACAACGUCUUUCGCGCUAUGAAAUUGAAUUAAAAUAUAUCGUAAACUUCAUUCCACGCUCCGUUGUACAAAAAUCGCAAUCCAAUCAUGAUCGAGGACGAAGAAAAUACUGCACAUCUGUCUAUGUUCCCAACCGAACUUCUGUUAUACAUUUUCACCUAUCUAUCAGGACGUCAACUCAUAAGGUGCCGGGAAGUGUGCUCGCGAUGGAAAAUCGUCAUCGAUGGGACGGUGCAAAGUGAUUUUUUAUGGCGCAGGCACACUGUAUGCGAUUUUAAAAACAUAUGUUUUCAUGCGCGUCAAAGGACGCGUACAGAGAUCUUAUGGUUCGAAUUAUACAGGAAUUUAUGUGCGUGGCGCAUAUUAUCCAAAGCUGUGGAGACUAGGGAUGAGUUCGCUUCAGCGUCCAUGAUCAGUCAAGAGAUACGGGGCUUCGAAAUUCUACCAGAAGGGUCCGUAGGUGUUCACACUAAAGGAUCAAUCGAUUAUUAUGAUAUAGAAACGCUCGCGAGGUCCCGUCGCGGCGUUAUACACGGAGACUUCUCACGCUACACGGAGACUACUGAAUAUCUAAUAUUAAUGAAUUUCCAUCUUCAUCUUUUCAUUAUCCGGAAAUUAAUACCAACGAAAACUCCGAACAGCAUAACAUUCAACAACGUGAAAACCUUCAUACUUAUAGAACAUAAGGUAUACUUCGUAAACUUGAACGAUGAGAUCCAUAUAUGCAAUUUACAAAAUUGGGAAAUGGAGGGGAAAUUUAUAAAGAAAUCAGACGAUUGCAUCAUGUGUUUAGGAAGUACGGACGAAAAGCUCCACAUAUUAACAUUUCAAAGGAACAUAUACACAUUAGAAGGACGCGAUUUGGUGUUCGAAUGCUGUCUUGGACCGAACACGAACCUACUACACCAAUUGCGCAAAUACAACUUUCUCGACCAAUUAGACUGGCGAAUUUACUUCCAAUGGAUGUAUAUUCUGAGCCACACCGUCCCUGACGGUCCACUGCGAGACAUAGUCACAAUACGAGCAUACGGAGACGCAUACUUCGUCGGUUCAAAUUGGGGUGUCCUUCGUAUAUAUUUUGCACCCUACCCAGACGGAGAAUUUGAUAUAUUCAACACAGAGCCAGUUAAGCAAUACAAUUUUAUGGAGAGAUAUGACUGUCCAGUGUUGUCUAUGUGUCCGAUUUUAAUGAUAGAUGUGAUGGAAGGAGAGAGAGGACAUACGGUGCUUAUAGCAAUGCCGAAGAAGAUCGCCGUGUUGAACUUCAACCAUGAUUAUGAAACGCCUCAAGUUCAAGCGGUAUUGUCCAUAGAGGAGAAGAGGAAGUUGAAUUGUACAGUGGUUGUUGAGGAAGUUGAUCCAAGUCCAGUAGGCUGUCAGUGAUUGAAGGAUGUGGAGCUGAAGAUCUCAACUUCCCGCCGUAUGUGCCACGAGAGGUGACGAGCAACGACGCGGCGCAACGCAGGUUUAGUAUUCAUAAAGCUGCGUAAUAUUGCGACCUACAAGUGGACAUUGAAACUUCCGAAAUAUACAAGAUAAAGUCGCAUUGGUUUGUGGAACCGUCGUGUCGUGUACGCCCUGAUUGAAGGCAUUCCAGUUGAGAUCUUCAUAGUAAUAAAAUGUUUUUAAUGUUAGUUUUAAAAGGGGGAGUCAAGUAAAAUUGAGGCUUAAGUAGUACAAUUAACGCACAAUCUGUGUAUAUACAGGUAUUGUGUUGACUGAAAAAUAAUCGACAGUUCAUACUCUAUGGACGUAGUCAUUCCAUCACUUGAAGUGCAGUCACUGUGCCAUUCCGCCGAGCUAAAUACAAAAGCGGUAUCUCAAAAAAAAAAACUUGAUUUUUAUGUCGUCUGAUAGCUUAAAUAAAUACCCAUCCAAUGAACUUAUCUAAAUAUCGGUAUCUUGUUUAGACCUUGUUAAAAAUCCUUAAAAGAGUUUCUCUAUCACAGUUUUACAUACAAAACUUUGAUAAUCUAGAAAUAAGGUUUCCCUGACAUACCGCUUUUGCGCUUAGCACGGCAGAAUUCCCGAUAAACAAUUUGUUGUUUGACAUAUGGCUGAAUGUUUGAUAGUUUCUAACGGCAUAUUUGUUUUUAAAUAAGGAAUAAAACUGUCCGAAAUUAAUAAUUAAUAAUUUAUGUUAAGGUGG